AUGGCUGAGCAGCAGACCCAGCAGUCCCCGCCAAGCCCGGCCAAGGCAGAGCCUGCCAUCCUUGAACUCGGACAAGAGGAGGUCGCUCAGCAAGCCCCGACCACUGAGGAUCAGACACAGCAGCAUCAUGACCCCACCAUCCAUCACGAACAUGACCAUGACGCAACCGUUGCCGCAGUGCAGGCUGUUGAUCAACACGUUCAACCCGACGCCGCUUACGCCCCACUUCAGCAGGACCAGUGGGGACAGCAGCAAUACUACCAAGUCGGCGACCACCUUGCUGGCGAUUAUUCACAGAUAAACGGCGUCAUGCCUCUUCCGGGCACUGAGCAUGGAGGUGAACACUACGAUCAGAGCGACUACAGCGCUGUAGCGGCAACUCUGUCCAACUGGGCCGAGGCUCACCCUGUCGACCCUUCAGCAACCGGCGGUGUAGACAUGACCGGUGGAAACGGAAGUAGUGUACCUCUUGGCGAACAGGUGUCGAACGGCGAGGUUCAAGUUGCCCCGCAGUCGAUGACUGAGAAGCCCAAGAAGCUCAUGUUGGCGUGUCACUUCUGCCGAGGGCGCAAACUCAAGUGCGAUGGCAAUCGCCCAACUUGCCACCACUGUGCGAAGCGCAACUUGUCCUGCACGUACGAUGAACAGGUUCGCCGCCGUGGGCCGGGGAAGCGCACCAAGGAAAUGCGCGAACGCGCGGCGCGUGAGGCCGAACAGGCGGGCAUGAGUGCCCUUAGCGCAGAGCAGCUUGCAGAGCACCUUGCAGCUGCGCACGCCAGCGGAACACCUCUCGGCGAAUUGCCCAAGCGGGCAGGGCGCAAGCGCAAGUCGGAGGCGAUCGACGACGAGGUCAAGAAGGCGCGCUUGCUCGACGAGGACACUGCUGCGGCAGUCGCUGCGGCUCAGGCCAUGCACCACGCCGAGCAGGUUCACCACGACGUGCACUCGCUUGAGGCUCUCUCCGCCCAUGAGAUGCCUCAUGAGAUGCCUCACGACAUGCAGCAUGACAUGCAGCACGACAUGCAACACGACAUUCAGCACGACAUGUCCAAUAUCGACCCAGCGCUCGCAGGGGCGGACGGCGUCGGCGUCAUGGACCUUGCGCCGCUCGAGCCCGGCACCCUUGGCCAGGUCAUUCAGCAGCUCAACGGGCAGCACCAGCAACAGUGA